AUGGAUGAGCAAGAUCACGACGGGCUGCGACAUCAUGAGGCGGCGGCAGAGUCGUCGGUGCCGUUGCUGGAGAAGAAGGCCCGCGGCGUGUUGUGCGUGGAGGGGUGCCCCGGGUGCGCGAUUGACCGGAGGAAGGCGGAGAACCCGGGCAUCCCCUACAGCAGCUUCCUGUACGUAUGGGUCAUCACCCUAAGCACCGCUUUACCAAUAUCUUCACUGUUCCCCUACUUGUACUUCAUGAUAAGAGACUUGCAUGUUGCAAAAAGAACAGAAGAUAUUGGGUUCUAUGCUGGGUUUGUAGGUGCUUCUUUUAUGUUCGGAAGAUUUUUGACUGCGACUAUUUGGGGAAUAGCAGCAGACCGUAUUGGGAGGAAGCCAGUUAUUCUGUUCAGCGUUUUCUCCGUGGUAGUAUUUAAUACUUUGUUUGGGCUUAGUGUCACCUAUUGGAUGGCGAUAGCUACAAGGUUUCUCAUGGGUGCUUUGAAUGGCUUACUCGGACCAAUAAAGGCUUAUUCUAUUGAAGUUUGCCGACCCGAACAUGAAGCUCUAGCACUAUCACUUGUUAGCACAUCAUGGGCAAUAGGUCUCAUCAUUGGUCCUGCUCUUGGAGGCUACCUUGCACUGCCUGCAGAAAAGUAUCCAAAUAUCUUUUCGCCUGACUCAUUCUUUGGAAGGUUCCCGUACUUCUUACCAUGCUUAUGCACAUCAGUCUUUGCUGCCGUUGUUCUGAUAGGCUGCCUAUGGAUGCCGGAAACAUUACACAAGCAUAAAGCCAGUGUAAAUGGCAAACAAAGUGUUGAAGCUGUGGAGGCCCAUCUGAUUGAUCCGCAAGAAAAGGUCGAAGAAAGUGCUAGUGUAGAUACCAAGAAGAGCUUAUUCAAGAAUUGGCCAUUGAUGUCUUCCAUAAUUGUUUAUUGUAUCUUCUCCUAUCAUGACAUGGCCUAUACAGAGGUGUUCUCUCUAUGGGCUGAAAGUGACAAGAAGUAUGGUGGACUGGGUUUAUCGUCCGUAGAUGUAGGCCAAACGCUCGGAAUAACAGGUGGCAGUUUGCUUGUGUAUCAAAUGUUCAUAUACCCACGCAUCAAUAAAGUUCUUGGACCGAUCAAAUGUUGUCAAAUCGCAGCCGCUUUGUGCAUACCUAUUCUAUUCACCUACCCCUAUAUGACAUACCUGUCAGGACCUGCAUUAUCAAUCAUUCUGACUAUUGCAUCAGUUUUAAAAAAUGAUAUUGCUGCUACCAUCAUUACAGGCAUCUUCAUCCUUCAAAACAACGCUGUGUCUCAGGACCAAAGAGGAGCAGCAAAUGGAUUAGCCAUGACUGCAAUGUCCCUUUUCAAGGCAGUUGCUCCUGCAGGCGCCGGCAUUGUGUUCUCAUGGGCGCAGACACGCCAACAUACUUUCUUCCUUCCAGGUGAUCAUAUGGUGUUCUUUCUGCUGAACAUGAUAGAGCUCCUUGGACUUGUCCUCACGUUCAAACCCUUCCUCGCCGUGCCAGAGCACAACGAUAGAAACUAG